CCGCCGCGGGAAGGCGGCAGCUUCGGUGCAGCGCGCAGCAGAGGACGGGAUGAUGGGGGACGGCGAGGAGCAGGCUCCGCCGCACGCUCCGGAGCUGAAGCACAGGCGGAAGAGCCCCCGUUUCGCGGCCGAGGCCGAGCCCGACUCCGGUGGGGCGCCGGAGGGAGGCGAGCCGUCCUUCGGCAGCCCGGGCAGCCUCACCCGGCCCCCGAUCCGCGCCUGCAGGGCGGCAGGUGGCUCUUCAGCUUCCUUCCUUCCAGAGAGCCCAGCAAAGGAAAAAGUGAAUGAUUAUGAUGUAACUGAGCACAAGUAUUCAGCAGGGGAUCAGCCUAAUGUUUAUACACCACUGAAAGAAAGUAAGGAUGACUUCUUUGAGAAAACUCAAGAGCACCAUUCUACAAAAUCACAGAGCAGAAGUAAAUUCCGAGAUCGGCCCAGCACAGGGAAGCAGUCACAGCACUUGGCCAAAAAGGAUGGAUCACAGAAUGGAUUUUGCAAGGGAUGGACUUUGUUAUUUGUUCUGUUAAUUAGUAUCUCAUUGUUUGCCUUCCUGUGGAUUAAAAUACAAAGCCUUCCAGAUGCAACUUUGUCAAGUAGAAAUACUCAAAUUCUACAAGCAUUUCGGGCCCGGAUGAAGAAACUCAGAAAUACAUACCAAAGUCAGGACCCCAGUCUGUGGAAGAGAACCCAUGUGUUCCUUGAGAAGCACCUGAAUACUUCCCACCUGCACCUGGAGCCAGCCAUCUUACUGUUCACAGCUGGUCGAGAAGCUGAGAAAGCGCUGAGGUGUCUUAGUGAUGAGAUUGCCAAUGCUUUUGCAUUCUCCCAGAAUGCCACUACAAUCAAAAUUAACGGGGCAGACAAAGCCGUAUUGGACAGUGAUGUUGUUAAGCUGGAGGUGGAUGAUGAGCUCAGCUCAGGGUUCAGACAAGGCAAGAAGGUAGCAGUGGUGCAUCGUUUUGAGCUGCUGCCUGCAGGCUCCACCCUGAUCUUCUACAAGUACUGUGACCAUGAAAAUGCAGCAUUCAAGGAUGUGGCUCUUCUGCUGACGGUUCUCCUGGAUGAGCAGUCGCUGAGAAGAAGCCUCACCUUGCAAGAAGUUGAGGAGAAGGUGCGGGAUUUCCUUCGGACCAAGUUCACUAGUUCUGAUGUUCCUGGUUCUUUUAACAGCAUAGAUACAGAUAAGCUGAGUGGAUUGUGGAGCCGUAUCUCUCAUCUUGUCUUGCCUGUUUGGCCUGAAAAGAGCUUCUCUAUGGAGGGAUGCACAUAACAGGCUUUAGAGUGGCCUUUGGAAAGGAAGGAGACAGAAAAUGUGGUGUCAUGGCUGAACAGGGAAGAACUGUGGCUGUUGAGCUCAGACACACACAGUUUCUGCGCAAAGAAACUUCAUCAGGUGGCAGGGUUGCUAGAGUAGCUGGGACUGGGACUCUGAACAAAACCUGCAGAAGGCAAGCAAGGAACUUGCUAGUUUUUGGUAAGUUGCCUUCAGUAACUUACUCAGGUUUGGUGUCUUGGAAUUAGAAGCAAGUGUGUGCCACUGCAGAGCCACUCAUCUGCUUGUGAAGUUGUCUUGUUGGCUUUGCUCUGAAGAGCCUUUUCUGCUGGCAGGUAAAGCUAGAAUCACGUGUGAUAAGGUAACAAGACAAACUAUCACCUUCAAUGGACAGAAUUUACCUUUCUUGUAAUACAUUAGCAAUGAUAAAGUGACAUGAAUCCAUAUAAUCAUAGCAUAAAUGUCAGCUAUCUCUGGAGACUUCUUGAAAUGACAGAAUUGCUUGAGAGAUUUGUGACUUGCAGAGAAUCUUUCAGCAAGCAUUUCUUCCUCAAAUUUCUUCAUACUCUGACCAGUUUGGAGAGUGAGAAAAGCUGAUGUACAAAGUAUUACCUUGAUGCUGGUAGUAAAUGUUAGUUAAAUGAUUCCUCAGCCCCUCUUUGCAUCACUGCUUCAGAAGUUCUGCAACUCUUUAAAUUUGGGGAGAAUUGAGGAAAAAUGUCUACCAUGUAUGUACUAAAUGUUACAUCUCCUUUUCAAAUAAAACCUUAGCAAGACAUAAUUAUUUCUCACCUUAAGAAGAUCAUUAUUUUUGCAUUAAGAGAGUGUAUUUAUUUGUGGUACCUUGUAAACUAGAAAACAAAUCUUUUUUUCAUGUCUGUGUAUAACCUGGCGCUUGCUGUAUAAGCUUUUAGUGAAGAACAGAUUUGCAAGGCAUGUUUUUAAAACACAUUUUUAAGAGUGCCUCCUGCCAAGAAUCCCUCAUACCAGACUAAAAAGAUGUGUCUUUCUGUUGUAAAUAUUUUUUGUAUUAAAAAAAAAAAAAAAAAAAAAGUGAAUUGCAGCACUUCCAUUUCAUUACUAUUAGUGAUGCUGCUGAACCAUUGGUCUACACGUAUUCAGUGUUGAGUACAAAGGAAUGUGUGAAUACUGCUCUCAAAUUAACAGGUCAUUUUCUUUAACAGCUGAGAGCUUAGUGGUUCUUGGGCCCAUCCUUUACUCACAAGUCCCUUGAGCUGUCAUGUUGUCAAGGAGAACGUCUUGGAAAUGCUGGAACGUCUGGCUUCUUGUGCAAGCACAGAUUUGGGGUGUAAUGUGGGAUUGAGCAAAAUCACCUGAAGUGUGUAAAAGAGAAGUGUAUAAAAGAGUGCAGUUGGAGAGACACAGCUGUGGUUGUUUGAGCCAGCGGUGGAGUUGUGUUUACCACUGAGAGCCAGCACUGGAUACCAGUUCUUCUUUUAAUGAGAAGAAAUACAAACUGUAAAAAGACAUGGAAGUGCUGCUGUUCUGUGUUUAAGAGUAGCUCAGGAAGAAAAAGGUGGCAUUUACAUUUUGAACAUUUCACUGGACAAAUGCUUCUUUUUAAAGAAAAAAACAAACUGUGACUUAUUUCUGAGUGUAUCCUGAUAGUAAUCUACUUGUAUGUUAUUGUAAACUACUUCAGUAAUCAUUAAAAAAUAAAUCUACUUGUUUUAUAAACAUCA